GUAGAAGAGUGUAUCAAUGCUAUGGCUUACACAUGUGGUGAGUGAAAAAAACUAUUUCUGUUUUUAAAAAGCUCAUUUCUAUUGUUAGGAUUCAAUUUCUGCACACUCCUCAUGGUCUUUUAUACUCUAAGGUCCAUUUUAGACAAAAAUACAGACAUUUUGAAUUUUUCCAUAGACUUAGUUUGUGAUUUCAUUGUGCUUUAAUCAAGCUACCCUAAAUCACCGUCUCACCACGAUGUCUUUGAAAAAAAUGUGGAAUUAGUAAAGAAUAGGCCUAUUUCACUUAGCCCAGGUCCUAUUUAUUUAUUUGAACUCAUUAUUUUAAAUUCUAGUCGUUUUCAAUUGUACAAUAAUGAUUUGGGUUAGUGUGUAUUCCUUUCAAUUAAAAAAAUCAAAGAAUUUUAAAAUGGAAUAAUUUUGUUGGAUGUCAAGUACUGAACUAUUUUGGGGAAAGAAAUUAGUCCAUUUGACUUUGAAAAGUUGGAGUAAAUACAUAAUGAGGCUUAAAGUUUUUGGCGAGUUUUCAAUGUCACGGCAUUAUACUAUGAGCAGUUUUACUCUAAAAGUUAUCUGCUGUGAUGUUUUUUCUUCAGUAUAUAGUAUAUAAACCUAAUAAGUUUAAAAUAAUAAGUUCACUGGCUUGGGUAAGCCAUUGCAAUUGCUAUAAUUAAGCCCAGUCUUUACUCAUCAUUACUGACAUUAUCCAGCACAGACAUUAUCCCAUUAAGGGUUAAGGUAGAAUGGGUCCUAGGCCUAUUUUCACUGAAACAAUCAUCUAAUUACUAAAAGCGUAAUCAUAUAAUUUGUUUACCAGCCCAAUUAAGUCACACGACACAGGGUUUUGUAUACUCUUACUACUCUUAGUAAAAAAAACUCUUAGACUUAGUGUUGAACUCGCUAAAGCUUUCAAGUAGAUUAAUUAGGCGCUAAAGGCACUAACAAUGUUAGUGUUAGUAACAAUUUGUGUAUAUAAAACAAUAUGGCUAGGGAUAACAAUACUUGUUCACGCACCGUUCUGCGCAUGUCCUAAAAUGUCGAAAAAGUGUGUUCUACAAUAUGGCGUACGGCUAUACGGUAUCUUUGGAAAAUUGCAUACUACGUAGCCUUUGUUUAUUAAAUAAUGCUUUCCUCAUCAGUGACGUAUCAGUUUUUGUGUUCCGGUGAUAUAUUGAUUUAUGCUACAAGAUUUUUUGUGUAUCACGGACAGUAUUAUUAUAAUGACUCGGUUAGUUUAUAAAUCGCAUAAAUACUUUUUUACUAGUAAAGCCACCAAAAUAAGGUUUAGUUCCACCCAAUCUACAUUCAUUGUAAGAGUUUUUUCAUUUUUAGAGUUAUUAUCGUUGAUCUGUCUAUAAAAAGUUAUGCAUCCCACGAAGGAGUGGGGGUAUGAAAUUGUCUUUUUUUUUUUUUUUUGAUCAAGAAGCCGGAAAUGGCUGCUAUCACUGUGAUUCGUUAAUGUUAAAUCCUUUAAACAGCUAAAUAAUGAUAAGACGUUUAAAAUGAAUAAUUUUAAGAAAAGAUUAUAACCAAAGUUUAAUUAUGUAGUAACCAAGGGUUGGUUUUAAGUUUUAUUUAUUACGUUAAAAAUUGUGUACGGUACCGGUAGACAGUUUAUCGUUCUUCAUAAUUAUUGAAUCAAUAUUUAAAUUUAAUAGUGUUACAAUAGUAAUGUCAAUAAUAAUAAUCGUUUUUCUCUUAAUAAUUAUUUCAGAGAAUAUUACUAAAAUUAGGCCGAUAUAUCAGUUAUAAUUAUAAACAACUGUUAUUAUAAUCCUAUAAUAGUCUAUUUAGGCCUAAGCUUAAUUUUUCAUAAUCAUAAUUCUAUUACUAGUACUACUAGUACUACGACAAUCAACAACCACACUUACUAAUAAUAUAUUUUUUAGUUAAGCCUAUAUAUAACAGUUUUAUUAAAAUACAUCAAAUUAAUAAACAAGAAUCAAACAACAUCAUCGUUGUAAUUAUAUUUUUAUUAGAACAUAGAAAAGCAGUACAUAGACAAUUAUUUAAUAUAUCAAAUAACAUUUUUUAAUAAAUUAGUCUCAUCAUCAUAGAUGAUUUUGAGUAAUUUUUAUUUAUAAUUACAUGCGUUCCAAUUUAUAUAUAUAAAAAAGACUACUUACCUUUUUAUAAAUAUAAUUGAUUUAAAAUGUAAAACAAGCAUAAUAAAAUUAGUUAAAAUUCAAUAAACAUGUUAUUUUUUCGUUUUUUCCUGUAUAAAUGAUGAUUUUCCCAAUUUUUCUCUUCACUUUUUUCUGAACAUACCCUCAAAUAAAUAUUUAAAAAAAUAAAAGUCUUGAUGUUAUGUAAAAGUUUUGUUGUUUAUUGGGUUGUAUAUUGCAUUGAGAAUCUCUCCUGAAAAUUUGGUAGCAUUAUCUUUUAAAAUCCAAAAGUUUUGGGCAAAAUAAGGCAGAAAUUUGGAAAGUGGGUCACACGUUUUUUCAUUUAAAUACUAAGAUAAAGAAGGGGGUUUUAAAAAAUCACCAAAAAAAUCAUAACUCCACUUCUAUAAAAGAUAGAAAGAUGAAAUUGGUGUUGUUGUAAAGCUUAUAGCUAGUCCUUUAAAAUGAUGUAUCAUUCAUAGCAAUAGGACUAUAUUUAAAAUUUGUGUCAAAGUACCUAAUAUGGCAAUAUCAAUAUGGGUUGUGAUAUUAAGCUUUCAAGGAGAUUAAUUAGGCACUAACAAUUUGUGUAUAUACAAAAAAAUAUGGGUUAAGCUUUAAUAAUAAUAAUAAUGAUUAAGUAAAAAUGGAAAUGCCUUCAUCGGUACAAAAAAAUGUAUUAAUUAAAUUUACAUAAUAUAUAUUUAUAUAUAAGAUAAGAUUCUUUUAUUGAUCCAAAUAAAUGGAAAUGUUUUUUGCACAAAAAAUAAAACAAUUUGAACUCAAAACAUUUAUAAUAAAUUAUUUCAGCCAUUCGAUGAGUUCUCUUAGCAAAAUCGAGGACUUAUUAGUUCUCAUUCAGAUGUGUGACUUCAGAGGAAGCAUGCCGGUAAAUUCGUACAGAUUGGGGAACAAAGGAAUUUUUAUAUCUGUCAGUCCUCACCCUGAUGGAAAGAAUUCGCCCCAAACGGCCCGAUCCUAAGUAUCUGUGAUGAAGAGGGUGGGAUGUAUCAUCCAAAAUGUGUUUAGUUUUCCAAAAACAUAUUUCUUGAAAUAGAUCUUCAGGUGAAGGAUGUUUAGUUUGUGUUAUGUUCCUAGCUUUCUUGAUUAGUCGGUUUAUGCAGUGUUUAAUAUCAGACGUCGAAUUCCCACACCAGCCGGUAAUACUGAAAUUAAGCAGGCUUCCAAUAGUUGCACUGUAGAAUAAGUUAACAACUUGCUUGUUUAUGCCGAAAUUGUACAGUUUUUUGAGGUAGAACAGUCUUUGGUUGAAUUUCUUAUACAGCAUUUGGCCGUGCACAUGCCAUGUUAGCUUAUUAUUAAUGGUGACACCUAAGUACUUGUAUGCCUCCACUUUCUCCUCAUUUUGAUUUUUAUGUUGAGAUCUGUAAUCUGGUGUUUCCCCCUCCUGAAACCAACAACCAUUUCUUUUGUUUUUGAGACAUUCAACUGGAGAAAAUUUUCAUCGCACCAAUUGAUAAAGCUUGUAACUAAGUUGCGGCAUAGGCCUUCUCCUUCAGAUAUUAAGCCAACAAUGGUGGUAUCAUCAGCAAAUUUUAAUAUUGGAACGGUGUUGCUUGAGCUUUGAAUAUCAUUUGUAUAUAUUGUAUACAGUACAGGAGAGAGAAUGCAGCCUUGUGGUGCCCCGGUGCUUAUUUCUCUGGCUAGAGAUACUUGGUUGUUUACUUUGACAUAUUGUGGUCGAUUUGUUAAAAAGUUCACUAUUCAAGCCUGAAUAUUUAAAUUGACCCCUAACGAGGAAAGUUUCUUUAUCAUAUGGUGUGGUUGGAUAGUGUUAAAUGCUGAUGAGAAGUCCAAGAAAAGCACUCUGGCAUAUGUUUUAGGACUGUUUAGGUGGGGGUCAAGUUUUUGCUGUACGUCAUUCAAAAUUUCUUUUAGAAUUAUUGUCUCAGAACAUUUUAUGACAAUAUAUAUAAUAUCAUGGUAAAUUUUGGGUUAACCGUAUGGGUUUUUCCAAUGAGAAUGUCACUUUGGGGAAUCCCAACACUGAACUUAGGGUGAAUUAUGAAUAGACCAAUUGCAGGACCUGAACGAAGUGUGUGAUAACUUUCCUAUUCUUAACUGAGCAUUACUCACAUCAUAAACUAAAAUUGACCAUCGAUUGUUUAAUAUGAAGUAUAUUAAAAUGAAUUCCCAUUAAUUUUUUUUACAAUUCAACUUGCAUGUUUCAAAAGACAUGAACAAAGACACAUCCUUGCUGAUACCCCAAAACCAAACACUGGUGGAAAAAAAAAAAGAUGUGUGCUAAAAGUGAUGUCUUUUGAUGAGUUAAAAAUUGAAAUAUCCAUACCAUAUGUUAUAACUUGGGCAACAAAAGGGAGAUUACUGCUUAAAUUGUAUUGGAAAUGGGUGUAGACGCAAUAGCUUAGGAAAUAUUUGAUGGCUUGUGUUUGUGUUUCAGAAUGAAUUUAGAUGGCAUUUAAACCGGAAUAUUUUCAUUGGAGGUUUAAAAACCUGAUAGAGUCAAUAUAUUAUAAUUAUCAUAAUUUUACAUGUGCAAAAUCUCAUUCAUAAGAGUUUGCCAUGGGCAAAAUUACUAAUGGUAGGUGAGGGGAGACCCCUCCCUCCCCUGUAAGUACCAAAAUAGAAACAAAGCAAUCCUGGGGGGGGGGAUGAUAAAAUUAGAAAACAAAAACUUGCAUUAAGUAAACAAAAACAUAAAUAUAGGCAUUUUUUAAUACAGUGCAGUAGACGGAAGUUGGGGGGACCUCUGAGACAUAAAUAUGCUGUGAAACACAUCGCUGGCCUUACUAUUCCAAAAUCAACCAUAUAUUAUUUAGGUUAAUAUAUUACGUACAAGUUUAAAACACUAAACAGUAAAUAAUAAUAAAAAUUUAAUGCAUUACUCAAAGAAAUGCUGAUCAAUCAAAUUUGAACAUGAAACAUUUUCUUUUACUUAUAGAUUUCGGUGGUUUAUAGAUUAUUACAAAAAUUUAACAUGAUGUAAAAAUUAAGAGAGGCAUCUAUACAUUUAUAGUCACUCGGAGCUGUAGUUUUCAGACCACUGGUUAAAGGGGAGUUGAAAUGUAAUGAGGAGAUAAAUGUAGAAGUUUGCAAAGAAGUGUUUGCAAUGUAAGGGUAUAAAGUUUUUGGAUGUGAAAAGUUCGAGGAGAACACAGGAAGGGUUUAGUUUAAUGGGGAUGAAGUUGUGGAUAGACAUAGUCUGACAUAGUGAUGUGGGACAGGCAGAAUGGGGUGUGGGGUGCUUAGUCAGUCGGUCUAAGUUUUAAUUGAAUAAAAUAACUAUCAGUAAGCUGAAUAAUACUUGGGUCUAAACUCUUUUCAGGAUUUAAAAAUUUAUCUCGUAACAAAAAAAAGGGCUAUCAUUGUUUUUUCCAAUGAUAAUCUUCUUUAAAUGUCAUAAAAAUUAUUGUUUAAUUGUAUUGAAGAUAUGGUAAAUAAUUCUGAUCCAUUAUUUGUAUUAACAUUUUUAUUAACAUUUCUUUACAGAUGUUCCUCAAUGUUGAUGGUAUUUAGCACAGUGUUUCCAAAUAAAUAAUUAAAAUUAAUAUGGCUGCAACGUCAGCCAUAAAAGGUGAUCAGGAGUCUGAAAGUAGUCCUUGUGGAACUCAAAAUAAUAAUAUGCCCUUAAAAGCAGAAAAGCAGCAUGAUGGUGUUAAAAACAAUGCUCUCAGUGAAAAGCAGACUUUGUCAGAGGAUAAUGGAAAACUACUGAAGGAGAAAACUGCUAAAGAAGAACAGGCUGCAAAGAAGUUUGUUGAUGCCCCACUACCUGCUACAAAUGCAUGGGUCAGACGUAGUGCAACACUUACAACUGAUCCAACUCCAGCACAGAUAAAUGCUGAGCCUGGAAAAGGUAAAGGAUUUUAGCAUUUGGUUGCAAUAUCCAGAUGGUGUGAUUAAAUAUGGAGAGAAAAAAAUAUUAAUUUGGAGCUGUAUAAUUUCCAUAAUGAAUUUGUUUGUUUUCAUGUCUUCUUUUUAACCCCAAGACAGGGUUUUUCAAAUACUCAUUUUUAUUAUUUUUUUCUAGCUUCUGACCCAGCCCCAGUAGCAAUAGAAAAAUCCCAGGAAAAGACACAUAUUCUUGGAAGUGCAUCACACAAAACUCCAAAAUCUGCCAAAGGAACUUCAAAUAAUCAUGAAAAAUCAAGACCUGAAAAGGCAAAAGUAGAAAAAACUAAAAGUGACUCUAAUGGGAAUAAACCUGCAGUACCUGAAAAUAACCAAAAAUCAAAGAUUAAAAAGUUCGGUGAAGACUAUGUUGAGGCUCCGCUUCCUGCUGUCAAUCCUUGGAAAAAACCGUCAGGCACUAAUGUAGCAACCCCUGGUUCUGCUCCAUUUGUAGUAGACCAAGAUCCCACUCCAGCAGCAGCAGUCAUGUCUUCUGUUCGUAAUAAAGAAGUAAAAGCGGUAGUGCAACCACCUUUCGCAUCAGGUUAGUUAAACUUUCCUAGAUGUAUGGCUGGAUAUUUGUCAUUUUAUAGACUGUUGUGUCCAUUAUGAUUAGAUAAUUAUUGACAUAUUUCUAGAAGAUGUUGGUCUGGUAAUAUAUGAAAGCAUGUGCACUACAAUAUACCAAGUUAAGCUUUCUUACGAUUUUUCCUGUGUUUUAUUAAUGCUUAUUCUUCUCUUUCCCAUACACAUUAUCACAUUCUUCCAUUGAAGAUGAUAAUUAUUUAAUAAAUUAUGAAGUAAGAUUUAAAACAAUAUUCAAAUAUUAUUGACUGCAGUUGAUAUAAAGUUAAAAAAUAAAGUUAGAAACUUUAAAACCAGAAAAUAAAAUGUAACCUAACAAAAAGUAUGCAUCAUCAUAAACAUUAUAAAUAAAUUAACUUGUAGCAUAUUAAGCUGCUUUAAAUAAAAUUUAACCUCACAAAAAGUAUGCAUCAUCAUAAACAUUAUAAAUAAAUUAACUUGUAGCAUAUUAAGCUGCUUUAAAUAAAAUUUAACCUCACAAAAAGUAUGCAUCAUCAUAAACAUUAUAAAUAAAUUAACUUGUAGCAUAUUAAGCUGCUUUAAAUAAAAUUUAACCUCACAAAAAGUAUGCAUCAUCAUAAACAUUAUAAAUAAAUUAACUUGUAGCAUAUUAAGCAGCUUUAAAUAUUUUUUGAAAGUCCAGAGUUAUGCAAAAUAAGUUACAGCAAUAUUACUUAUACAAAUCAAUAAAAAAUAUAUAUGUUCAAGAUGGGUUUGCAGCAUAUAUUCAUAAUUAUUUUUAUUAAUUUAAAAAAAAAUUAUGCCUGUUUCUAGUCAUCUUAGGGUAAGGAGUUAUGACCGAGCCAAAUAUUUGGUAGUGAACCAUAACAUUGUUUAAUUUUGAUUGCACAGAUGCAUACAAUUUAAUUAAAAAAUAUAGAGAUACAUGUAAAGGGAAGCUAGAGUAAAUAUAACUACAUUUGAUUUGCCAGGAAAUCUGCCUCAUGGAAUCAUGUAGGCAGAGUCUGGUUUAAUUGACCUGUGAAGUGAAGCCACCAUUAGCUCUGGUGAGUGGCGUGCCAUUGAUGAGCAUAACACUAACAUCAAAACCUGGUGUUGUCCAAGUGCUGAUACUAUGGUUGAUAGUGGAAGGUGCACACCCUGAGCAACAUCCCAGGAGUAGACAUAUUGUGUGUGUGUAUAAAAAAUAUGCAUCUUUUCUUCAUUUUAAAAAGUUGUCUCCUCAUUUUAAUGAGCCAGAAGAAAUCUGCUGUCGAGUCGACAUAUUACUAGUAUCCAAGUUACAACUGUGGCUAGUUGGAAGCAUUUUGUUUUGUCAAAAGUUAAUUCAUCUUUUAGAAAUGGCAGCUUACCAAUUAUCUGCUGCACUUAAUUGCUGCCACCUUAUGUCUGUAUACCAUUUCCAACAAAGGAGAACCUCUUGUUGAGAUUUCAGGCUUUAGGGGGAGAUAACGUUAUUUUAAUUUUCAAGUGAGCUUUUAAGGUUCUUUAAAGUAAAAUGUAAGGUGUUGCCAGUACAUUAUUUUUAAAAGUAUUUUGAUAAUACAUGCAAUUGAGUUCAUUUCCUUAUACCUUGAACAUGCUUAUAACAUGUGUUAUAAAUUCAGAAAUUUAGUAUUGCAGCUGCAGAGAUGGCUAUAUUUUGUUGUAGAUUGGUUUUAUCAUUAAACUAUUUGGAAUCAUCUUUCUGUAUUACAAAUCUAAGGCAUUGCAUUUUCAAUUGUGUUUUAAAAAAUUGAAAUUGGCUACUUUUGUUGAAAAGUGCCUCUAUUCCAACUACUUCCUGAUUCCUUAAUAUUUUUAUUGGUUACCUUAGUGGCAUCUUUAUUCUGUAAUCCCCACGCUGUGUAGACCGCGAGGUUUGUGGGAUCAGACCUAAAUUGAGUCGAUUUUCUAAUUAUCAGUACUGACUUCUGUCAGAAAUGUUUAUUGGCUUUAUGAAAAGCAUUUUUAAAACCUCCUCACUCUGGGGAGCAGCUAUGAGAGUGUACAGAUUUAUAUAUCUUCACUGAUGUUAAUCUGAUGGAGAGACGUAGAUGGGCCAUAUGUAUGACUCUCACAUAGUUAAGAUUUGUGUGGUUGUUUAUCCAUGUUCAUGUAUAGCAUAUAUGACUCAAUUUACUCUCAAAGCUGUAGAAAAGGGGUCACCAAACUGCAGUUUAUCAGGCCCUCUGACGGUACUUGAAUUUUUGAUAAAACGCAUGGGACAUGAGGCGUCAUACAAUUUAAAUUCAAUGAUUAUGUUUAACAUUAGGUACUCUAAAAAAAAUAAUUAAAAAUUCAAAAAAAUAUUAGUUAUGUAUAACAAAUUUCAAAUAAAAAGAUAUGAAACCAGAAUAAGCUUUCUAGCUUAAGCUCUUUUUGAGCUAUGGUUUGGUCUUUUUUAACGCUAGGCUACACCUACACAUUUUGUGACCCCAUUCCACUGAACUCAAUAUGAUAAUUUUAUAUAACUUUUAUUUCAGGAUUAAUCAUAAAUGCACUGAGUAUUUAAAGUUAUAAUUAUAAAAUUAAUUUUAACAAUAUACUGCAAUUUUAAAUAAAUUAUGUCUUAUUUGGCUAUGUAUUAUUACAUUAAAUACGUUUUGGACAUUUUGUUUGCCAAGUCUAACCAAGUCCAUUAUAUAUACACGCAAAGCAUAUACAUUACACAAAGUAUAUAGUGUAUAUAAGGCAUUGUAAUGCAAGGCAUCCCUUAAAAUUACACUGUUUCAACUUUUGCACAUGACUAAUUAAUUAAAGAUUUUUAUGACCAAUCUGUGUUUUCACACAGCACAUUUAUUCUCUUAUGAAUAAAACUAUGAAAAUAGCACAUGCAAAUGACUGUGAAUGGUUGCCCAUGACAAAGUUUUGCAUGGCAAAUUGAUCAUUUAUUUAUGGAUUCUAACUGGUUUUUAAACCUCAGAAUAAAAUAUUCUUGUUUAAAUUACUUCUAAGUUCACUCUACAACACAAAUUAUCAAAUAUUUUGAUGCAAAUAGUGGUAGUAAAUAAAUAUUUCUUAGUAUCUGAAUAUUCAGCCAUUAAAAAGUGUGCGUGGUUGAAAUGUAGAGAAUUUUUUAUGCUCCAGCGUUUGUCAUUUUAUUAGUUUUCUGUCGUGUUGUGAAAAAAGUUUGGCGACACCUGCUUUAGAAAAUUCGGGCAUUUGUCUGUUGUCUGCUGUGAGGUCAUGCGAAGCAUUGCUAGAGCAGUCUACACUGCUGUGAGGUCAUACAAAGCAUUUCUAGGGCAGUCUACACUGCUGUGAGGUCAUGCAGAGCAUUUCUAGAACAGUUUACACUGCUGAGAGGCCAUACAAAGCAUUUCUAGAGCAGUCUCCAUUGCUAUGAGGUCGUACAAAGCAUGGAUAGAGCAGUCUACACUGCUGUGAGGUCAUGCAAAGCAUUUCUAGAGCAGUCUCCACUGCUGUGAGGUCAUACAAAGCAUUGCUAGAGCAGUCUACACUGUUGUGAGGUCAUACAAAGCAUUACCAGAGCAGUCUCCACUGCUUUGAGGUCAUGCAAAGCAUUUCUAGAGCAGUCUCGUCUCCACUGCUGUGAGGUCAUACAAAGCAUUGCUAGAGCAGUCUACACUGUUGUGAGGUCAUUCAUACAAAGCAUUACCAGAGCAGUCUCCACUGCUUUGAGGUCAUGCAAAGCAUUUCUAGAGCAGUCUCGUCUCCACUGCUGUGAGGUCAUACAAAGCAUUGCUAGAGCAGUCUACACUGUUGUGAGGUCAUACAAAGCAUUUCUAGAACAGUCUACACUGCUGUGAGAUAAUACAAUGCAUUGCUAGUGCAGUCUACACUGUUGUGAGGUCAUACAAAGCAUUACUAGAGCAGUCUCCACUGCUUUGAGGUCAUGCAAAGCAUUUCUAGAGCAGUCUCGUCUCCACUACUGUGAGGUCAUACAAAUCAUUGCCAGAACAGUCUACACUCCUGUGAGGUCAUACAAAUCGUUGCUAGACCACUGAGAGGUCAUACAAAGCAUUGCUGGACCAUUCUCAACUGCUGUCAAGUUUUACAAAGGAUAUGUGUAUAAGACAAUGCUAGAGAAAUCUUUGCUGCUAAGUCUUACAAAGCAUAGGUUGUACAAGGCAAUGCUAUAGCCACCAAGUUAUCCAACUGAUUCAGCCUAUACACAGUUAAUGAGCAAAAUCGAAGUUGUUAAUAUUGUCAACAUUUCACCCACGUUGAUCCUGGUUAAAUUGUCAUCCCUUCAAUGUUAUAUCUCGUCAACUGCUUCAGACAAUAGGCACGAAUUAUUUGGUGAUGUCUUUUGAGACAUCGCAGUACCCACUAAAAACAUUUUCUUAAGAUGUUGCUUAUUAAGGACAAUUGUAGAUUAAAUUUAAAUGCGAUCAUUUCCCUGUUAUUUCACAAAAAGCGCCCCCGUUCUUCUUUGGUUUAAUAACUACAGAAUCGCUCGAUAUCUAUUCAGUCCUUUAUAAACUGACCUCUUCAUUGGUGAUGCACUCUCACCUUACUAAUCCAGGAGUCGGUGUUAUAUUGAAUAUUAUCACUGUGUUCAAUUUUAUGAAAAGAUUUAUCAAAUUCGAACUAUUUUUGUGCUGUCAGUGUUCGAUAAUCGUUUAAAUUUAGGUCUGUUCCAAGUCGCCCCUGACUGUAAGCAUAUUUGAAUUUUUUUUUUAAAUGAAACUUUUAACAUUGCUUUUGCCCGGAAGAUUUGUAUCUUAUUUCAGGCUUUGUAAUUCUGCUACCUCUUCUGCUCUUCUGAUAGUCGUUUUGGAAUACACACGUCUCCUAUGUCACCGCUUGACCCUUGGUCCUCAUUACGUCAUCAAAUCCCUUUACGCUAUAGCUGGUUUAGCAUGUCUGUUACAACAACGGAGAGUUGUCUGUAUUGAUUGCCCUCCCCCAAAUGCUUUUGGGCUGUUGUGUUCAAACUGGUUCUCCUGUGCAACUGCCGCACGCGAUGACUUUGUACUGUAAACGUGGUCAGCCAUCAGGUCACCCAUUACUAAUUGUUUGUUGGUUAUAUACGCGUAAGUGUAAUUCCCCCCCCCCCCUCCUAUUCCACAUAUGAAAUUAUUGGACCACAUCCCCAGAUACACGGCGAAAUGAAUCUUCUUUGUUUACGUUAUUUCACUCCAUCCCAAACUUCUUCCCUAUCCAUUCCCACUUUUUUUUUUAUAAAAUCUAAUUAUUUGGUUAUUUCUGGUCAAAGGGCGUUCAGACAACAAAAUGUCCGUGCUAUUUUUUUUCUUCUGUUUUUUUGUUUUACGCUGCAAGCUUCCAUAAUUUGUUCCUGAAUAUUCCUAAGGAAAUAAUUGAAAGCAAUGGUCUCCAAACGCUUUGAACCCAUGCUUAAAAAGUUAUGGUUACAUUCUCUUACCGUCCUUUACAGGAUUUCGACUAAAACAUUUGUAUUAGUGGUUUGAAUGGGGGCACUCAAAUGGCAGUAGAGGGCGUAUCCAAAUUGUGUGUGGUCGUCACAUCAUGGGCGUCCAUGUACACACGGUUUGAAUUUAUUAAUAUCUAAUAUAGCAUGAGUCCCCUUGUGAAAUCCAUAAUUUGUCAUUGUUUAGACAAAGGGUUUCAAAAUAGCACGGCAAUCUUCCGUGAUUGUCUUCAUUACACUGUUGCUUUGCGUUGUCACAUUAAUAGGAACAGAAGUUCACCGCCAAGUUCUUUCAGUGACGUAAUUUGUAACCCAAUACAUAUAAUCUGUUGGUGGUAACUUAAGUAACCGGAGUUUUUCAAUAAAGAUACUUAAUGUAGUUUCUUUUUAUACAUGGAUACUGACAGCCUAGGGGAGACAACUCGUGAGAUGAUAUUCUUAUGGUGCUUUGGUUCACUGUUGCAUCGUUUAAUGGUCUUGUGGUUGACUUCAUCAUUGUCUUGAAAUAAAAUUGUGUGUGGAUCUACCCCAUCUCUCUCUCUCUUUCUUUCUCUAUAGUUUGGCCGGGGGGGGGGGGAUAAGCUAAUUUGUAAUUGUUACGAACGCAAGUGGGUAUUAUUUAAACGUACAGGCGUAAUCGUAGGGGGGGGGGUUCUAUACAGUUGAUAUAUUGCGUCCAGGAAAAUACAUGGAUUGCGUUCAAGCCGUGUGAACGAAAUAGUGGAACAAUGUACCCUGAAGCUUGAGAUGAAAAGAUGGGACAAUAAUAUAGCACUUGUCUUCGGACUGCUAACUUACCCACUUCACGUAAUCCUAUCAACUGAAACUUUGCACAUAGAUUCGUUCCCGAUGAAAAUACAUUGUCACAAAUAACUGGGGCGGAGGUGCAGGACAGAGCUCCAUUGUGGUUAAGAUAACUUAUUAGAUAGACGGAAAUUGCUGUUGCUUUAGGGACGGCAUUGCUAAAGGGUUGGAGAUUAAGGUUAAUAGAUUGUCUAAUCUUGAGAUAGAGGGGAUUGUUUUUUUCCAUGACUUCGCAUGACAAUUUUUGGGUUAACAACGGGAAGUUCUAAUUGACCGGAAAUUAGGGGGCAGUGGUGUUUAUAGAUAGCAUUCCUGGACCACCUAUGGGGGUAGAGAAUCGCAUAUAAGACAGAACUUUAGUGAAGUUAGGGAGUUGAGGUAGAGAGAGAGAGAGACAAGAGCUGAGAGAGCAGUUCAUAGGGAAUAGUUGCUAAGAGAUCAGGAGACCACAGUUGACUAGAAGAACAUAGAAAAAGUUGAGACGAAACAGUGAACAGUCAUAGCUUUAGAGAUUCAUAUAGAAUAGCUGACAGUUAGUGAAGACUAUAGAAGAGCUUUUUAUUUGUGUAAUAAAUAUAGUCCAUUUUAUCAUUGGACACCUGGAGUUUGAGUUGUUGGAUUUCGUUCAAGUCUACGUUGUGCUUUGCCUGUCCCAACGCCUAGACACCCACAAUAUAUACCACAGAGAGGAGCGGUCCUGUACUGACCACUACUAAGUCAAUAUAGUUUGUGAUAAGUCGAGACCGGAGGCCUCCUCUGUAACAACCGUUUGGUGACAUACAUUUUAUCAAAUUUUCAGCCCCACUCCACCCCCAAAAAUUAGUUUUAACUCUGCCUGGUGGCUACCAGAUGCCACUGAUUUUAGGAAGUGAAAUUCCCAAAUAACUGCGCUAAAUGAGAUUCUUAAAAAUAUCUCUUUGGUGCAAUAUAUUUUCUUUUGUGUUAUAGAAAUGAUAGGUGUAAGAAAUCUGCGGUGUUAAAGUGGGUGGGACAUUAGAAAAUUUAGUUCAUGGGUUUGAAAAAGAUGUGGGGUUUGCGAGCUGGGGUGGGGGGGAGAGCACUUAUUGGGAGUCUUAUAAAUAAAGUGCGUUACUUGAAUGCAUGUUUUGUCAAAUUGCUGGAUAUUACAUUUUAUAAAGUAUUUAUAAGAAAAACUUUAGGUGUUGGUUAAUUGUUGUCUUUUCAUUUCAAGCUUCAAUAUUGCGUCAUUUGCGUUAAAACCAUGUCCCAUUUUGUGUGUUUUUAAUGGUUUACCCGAAAUAAAAUGAGGCCGCUAGUUUGGUCAAGAGGGAAAUAUAGUAAGAAAACACGAAAGCAGCACAUGGCCUGCGGUACACAAUCAACGGUGAUGUGGACCCCCCGCACACAUCGUCCGUGUGUUAUUCCCAGGCCAGCUGAUGCAGCAUGUGCCGUCUGUCGCGCUGGGUUUGGCAGAUGUGACGUCUCCGUGUCGUGGUCUCGCCUCUCCACGGAUUUACCUAGCCCAGUUGGCACAACUAGGCAAACAUGAUGAAGUCGGUUUGGAUGCGUUUGGGUACGUAAAUAGAAAUACAUUUUUGUUAUUACUUGUGUUAAAGGAAUAUUAUUGCCUUAAUAUAAAACUAUCUGCAGGCCUACUUUGUUUACGUCAAAUAAUCUUAUCCAUUUUGAUAUAACGCUGAGGCAUGCUUUCCCAUAAGUCUAUUAUCUUCAACUGUAUUUUUACGACACGAGGGAGAAACCAACAUAUGGUACGUUUUUUUUAUUUCACCGUGCUUGCAGUUCAUACAAAGUUCAUCUAUGUAAGGGCUACUUACAAUUUUAAACAACACGAAAUAUUUUGCCUGUCAUUAGGGCUUAUUACAUUUGACAGCAUUGACGCCAACUUCACAUUUUUAACGAAAGUAAUGAGGACUUUUUUUGUUGAAUAUGAUUAUAGCCAUAGUGAUGUGUCAGUUCAUUUUUAAGUUAGCAAAAACUUUUGGUCAGAUGUUUUAAUAAAAAGAUGGCUAGGGGGGGAUAUGUACAUUUUUAGUAAGAUCUUGCUUAUUGGCAGUAUAUAAUAAAUUGUAUUAAAUUUUAAAUGCUUGAGUUUUAGUGAAUGUCAUUUUAAGACUAUUAAAUAACCUUAAUAUAACCAUUUGUGCGGAAUACUAUCUAAUGCAAACGUUGCACUAAAGUGAUAUAAUUUGUACAUGCAGUUAUCCACAUCUAUAUUUUAUAAAUAAUAUUUAUAGGAGAAGAUAGGAUAGGAGAAGAAUUCUAAAUGAUAUUCAAGAAUAUCAUUGAGAGCAUAGAUAGAAUUUUAGUCCACAUGUUUAUUUAAAUAUAUUAUAUUAUAUAUAUAUAUAAUAUAGUUGUUCGUCCGUCGAAGUCGACUAGGACCAUCGAGUCAUCCGGUUAAGGGGAGGUUGGGAUUACGGUGAGCUCGUAGGUGGCUUGCUAGAUCGAUCCUUGCUCAGAAUAAUCUUUUACACCAUGGGCAUGGAAUAGUUGCUUCAGACGGUAACCUAAUGUUGCUCUUUCUAUUAUAUAUAUAUAUAUAUUACAUAUAUGCUUUAAAAAAUAGUUUUCCAAUGUUUUAAACAAAUUCUAUUGGUUGAAAUUAGAUAUUAUUUUUUUAAACAACAAAUAUUCAUACUGCAAAAUAAUUACUAAGUUGUUGUAUGCUGUUAAAGUCUAAAAUUUAUGUGUAUACAUAAACACACAUGCCAUAUAUAAAUAUGAGCUAUGUAAGUGUAGUUUCAAUUAUUGUCUACUGCAUGAAUGGAUGUAGACAGAACUUGGUACACAAACUCUUGAUUAUCUGGAUUUAAAUAUUGGUCGAUUCUGAACUCAGAUCCACUAUUUUGGGGCAUAGAGCUCCAAUUUUUUUUCCUUACAUAGGUAUGUUUGUUCCACAUUAUGACACUUGGCACUUACAUCCAACCUCCAGAAUGUAAUACUGUCGUGUUUUUUUUAACUUACAAAACAGGAUUCGGGCCUGUGGCCCUAAAUUUGUUUGUUUAAAAAGAGAAUAAAAUUUAUUUCUGUUCCUCUUUUGCACGUGAGAAGUCCCUGACUAUUUUCAAAUUGUGGCCUGGACUUGUGCUUUACUUAAUUUAAAGUGAGGGAGAGUUGGUCAAUUCUUUAUUCUCACUCUCUUGUCCAUGCUUAUUUGAUCCAAUGGCAAGACUUAGUCAAGACAACUGGUAAUAGUCCUGGAUGCAGUAGAUAACCAGCAAUGUGUGUUUCACUGUGCUCUUUAUGUGCUCUAUAUAUGUCGCAGGGGUUGUUGGAAUUUUCAUCAUGUCAUUGUCAUACUGCCUACGGGACCCCAUCUGCGAGUGUGCCUCCAAGGUUGGCAUCCAAGGUUAACAAGUCCCAUCUUCCUGGGGUGUUGGUGAUGUUUUUGUUUGUAUAGGUGUUUUCUGAGGAUCAAAGUCUAUUCCACCAUCUUCGGAUUGACUUGGUUUAGAUCGCUCAGCCAACCAGCACAUUUUACUUGAUAUGAGCUAUAUAAAUAUAGUUUCAAACAUAGCUAUUGCAUUGGUAGAUGGAAUUAGACCAAAUUUGUCACACUUACAAAGUUGGUAAACAUUAUUGUUCGUCCUUACAUGCAAAGAUGACCAAGGCUUGAGUAGUAGCCUUGACUUGAGCAAUAUUUAGUUAACUGACAGCCUCACUCUCUCCUCCUUGCCUAUUAGAUCCAAUGGCAAGACUUAGUCAAGAUGACUAGAAAUAGACCAGGAUGCAGUGCAUGACCAGCAGUGUUUCUUGCAUCUUUUUAACAGUAUCAUUUUUGUUAUGGUCACCAAUUACAUGUGACAGCCUGGUUUCUUUCAUUGACUGACAUUAAAACUGCAAUAUCAACCAUCAUCAAAGUUGGUCAUAGCUGCUGCUGACACUAAAUGAUUCAAGUUAAGUUUGGUUAGAGUCCAUUCACCCUAAUGGCCGUAAAUUUUAAAAUAAUCGGUAUCUACCAUUAGGUUUUGCACUGCUGUACCCAUCAUGAAGGGUGAUGUUUUAUUGACAUCUUUUUUUAGUGUUGUGUACACAUUUUUAAUAAGUCUGAAUUUUUAUUUUUGCACAAUGGUGUACCGUCUAAAAUAUUUAAAAGUUUUAUAACGUUAAUUUAACUCUUUCUCUCCGGAAUUAUUUUCCACGUUCUGACGGAAUUAUCUAUUUUGGGUUUUUGUUACUCACUACAAUGUUGUCUCUAAACCUUCAUAACUUUUUUGCUUUUAAUCAGAAAAAGUUAAUUUUGGUAUGGAAUUAAAGGGAAAUGCAUGCUCUUUGCAAGCAAACAAGACUUGGGUUUAAAUUUUAAUAAAUAAAUGUGAUUGUGAUUUAAGGAAAAUAAAAAUUUAUUUUAUAAAACUCACCAAAUGUUCACAAAACGCUAAUUCCAAGUCACACGAAGAGAAAUAUAUAAUCCAAAGUGUAACAAAAAUGUUUUUUUUUUCCUGAACUAUAUCCAUAUGUGCAUCACAAAUAAUAAAGAUCAACUUUCAAAAAAGAAAAAAAUUAAACCUCAAGAGCACAUUAUCCAUUGUCACUGCCACACACAAAUUUGCAAAAAAAAAAUUAACUAAUUCCACUGGAAACAAUCUGUUGCUAUUUAUAAAAUAAUUUCAGUGUAUUCUUGCAUGUACUAACAUUUAUAAUGGUAAAUAGAAAAUGUACCAUACAUUUGUUACAUAAUUCCAUCCGGGUUUAGCUAUAGGAAGCCUAAAAAACAAUCCAUAUGGAUGUGCCCUUGAGCUGGGGGCGGGGCUGGUUGUUCAUCAGCUGAUGAAUUACCAGUUUCAUUAUUUUGUCACUAGCACUACUAAUACUAGUACUAGGAUUAUAAUCAUACGAUUCAACAGAAUCGGCAUCUGCGUCUGAAAUCAUAAAAUAACUGUCAGAAUCAUUGUCAGAGUAAUAUUUUCCACCUUUAUUAGAUCGAUCACCACAUGGCUCAGGUCAAGAUUUCAUGUUUGUAAACAAAAAUAAAAUGGACAAUCAAAACAAAAAAUUCGUUCUUCGUUCAAACACACAAAACCUGAUGUUUAUCAAAGGGAAAUCAUUCUAGAAUUGAUUUAAAAUAACUAAAUACCAAUAGCUAAGAAAGAACCGAAAUUAACAGGUUUUUAUGCAACGAUCCCAUCGUCGAUACGCCAAAAUCUUCAUUUCAUGAUGAUGGGAGCGUUGAUCCGGAGGGAAAGCAUUAAGUUAAAUACCACCAUAAAUUUUUAAUGUAAUUAAAUAUCUAAAAACCAUUAUUCAAAAAUAUAGUUGGGAUGGGAGGGUCAAACAUUUUGCUUUGAUCUAUAUAGUUCAAGGGUGUGGAAAAGGGUAAUGUUUAUUUUAUGAGGAUACCAAUAUCUCAAAUACUGAUGGGAUUUAGAUUUUCUUCAAAAGUUAAUAUGUUAAUCAUUUGCCAAAAAAUGCAGUUCAUUGAAAAAAAUCAAUAGUGUGUAAAUUUUUAUGAGGAUACCAAUUUCUUAAAAUCUGAUGGUUCAAAUAUGAUAUUGGGAUUCUUCUUUGUAAAAAACAGUAAAACAAUGUCAUAUUUAUUUACCAGAAAAUGCUCUUCAGGGACAUUGAAAAUGGGGGUACAUUUUAAGAAGAUAACAAUAUCUCAAAAUCCGAUAAAGUUACAGAUGUAACAAAAUAUUGGAAGGGAAACAAAGUUAAAAUAAAUGAAACUUGACAAUAGUACCAACAAAGACCCCUAAUUAUAAAUAGAUGGAGCACAACAUAUUUCCAUUAUUAUCCCGAUAACACAGAGCAAUAUCUUCUUAUAGCUUUAUAAAUUUUAAACAGAGACAUAGUUAUUUAAUUGUGCAAGAAGUUUUCAAGUACCAUAAACAUUUGUUCAAAUGCAUACAGUAAUUUAAACAGUAAUAAUAUUUUAGUUCUAUAACCAUUUUCUGCUCUUUGAAUAAUACACCUUUUUUUUUUAAACAUCAGAUCCUACAAAGGAAGCCAAACCACCAGAGAAUGCCUCGAAUGAAACCAUACACAAUAAGGUGAACUAUUUUGGAAGUUAUGUUAAAUUAUUGCAUAUGAAUCCUAUUUUUUACCUGACAGCUAUGUGUAUUUCUAAAAUUGUUGCAUAUCAAGACAAUGUUGUAAUGCAUGAUGUAAAAAAUAUUUUUACAAAUCUAUUUUUUACAAAUCAUUUCAAACCAACUUAAUAUUUGUAUCUUUGAUGUGAUUAAAGUAUUAAAUUAUAAGCUUUUCAAAAAAUUGUAUUACUAAUAUAUAAUGUAAAAUAUGUUGUAUAUAGGCCACUGGACCAGUCCUUGUAGAUGAUAAUUGGCCAGCAUUGCAUGAAGUCAAAGGAUCUGAGGUAUUUUUUUAAAAACUUUAAAUAAUCUUUUAAUGUUAUUCUGGCCUUUAUGAAAACACCUUAUACUAUACAGGCAUGUCAUGUAUAGCAACAUCCAUUAACUGAUGCAAGUGUGUGUCAUUUCUGUCAUUCAAAAAUGUUUGUACCAUUAUUUUGUGAUUGUAGUGCAAUGGGUAAUGAGCUUAAAAAAUUUGAUUCCUGUUUUGGCAUACACGUUACGAAAUAGAGAUUUUUAUGAUUGUAUCAGACCUGUUUACUCUUACGAUUUUGGCAUACACUGUACCAUUUUGAGGUGCAUACAUUAUAUAUACUGUAUGCUUAUUUUUUUACUUUUAAGAUAAUGUAUUGAACGAUUUUGUGUUGAUAUUGUACGAUUUUAAGUAUUUGAGGGUAAACAGGUCUGUUGUAUGACAAGACCUGUCAGAACCAGGAUUUAAGAGACUGGGCAGAAAAUAUAUAUUCCGGUAGCUUAUCCGAUUUUUAAAAAAAAAAAUUGUUUGUUAGUUUUAGCUCCUUUCUGCAUCCAGCGGUGAAUGGAUCGUGAAAAAUUAUUGGUUUUGGGCCAUCUAUAAUUAUAUUGCAUUUGCCCUACAAGGGGAAGCAGGGUGGUGUUGAUUUAGCAGAUUUUAAGUGGGGGGGGGGUGUUCGGAUGUGUCUUAAAUUUUUAAGGCUAUAAUAAACACAGCCACAUUUUCAUAAUGAUAAUGAUGAUGGUCUUAUUAGUGUUUUCAUAAUGAAUGUGCUAAAUAUGGUUUCGUUCUGCUGAACUGUAUAAAUUGCAAAAACGGUGUAAAUUUUGUUUUUUAAAAUUUAUUUCAUGAUAUAAAAAAGGAUAUGCAUUCUCACAUGUUAGCACAAUAACAUUAGAUUUCAAAAUAUUUUAUAAGAUCUAGGAUGUCCUUUGAAAUAUAUUUGUACCAUUUCAAUCCCCCUGCCUGAUUCCAACACUUCUCUUCCUUUCCCUCAUUUACAGCUCAUGGUGGUAAUAAGGCUAUGAAUUAUGAUAAUAUGAUCUGCACAUUUACACAAAUAUUAAUUGAUAUAUCUAUAGAAGAAACAGAAAUAGUUUGAAUGAAAACAAAAAACAUCAGCAGAUUGCAAUAUAAACGACAGUCUGUCAUCUACUUUUGGAAGUGACUUUUUUUGUGUGUGACUUCAGCUUGACUUGAGGGGCGAUGGGAGUAAUUAUUGUAUACAUUAUAAUGUAUGUUUACUUAUUGACUAUUGUGAUAUGGAUAUUACCAUUUUUGAGAUGCUAUUGUACUAUUUUGGGGGGUGACCAGGUCUAGUAAUGUGAGUAAAUAACACUAUCGUAUAGUACCGCACUUAUUGCGAUCCACUUAUAAUCCAAACCCCUAACUUUCUGUUUGAAAAAAAAACUUAAGUGGUCUGUAUAAUAAUAUCUGUUAAUCUUGUUUCAUAACAUUAUUAAUAUUACCACACGAAUUAAUGAAAUAAAUAUUUAUCAUACUGAUACAACUAUGCAAAUAACCUGUCAAAAUGGGCGCUACUUAGAGAAUAAUAAUUUCUCUAUGUCCAGAUACGAUGUGUGCUCCAUUGUGGAAUACAAGUUGGUCAAGAAGAUUUGGUUGCAUAUACAUUUUUAUACAGUGUAUAUAAGUUAAAUGAAACAUUUCAUACAAGUGUGUAUGAGACUAACCCCUUGUUUAAAAUAGCCUUUUACCAUUAACUUCUUACAUUAAAUGCUGAAAUAUAUGUUGUAUAAAAACACUUGUAUGUACUAAUUUGUCACACAACUUGUUCUUCUGUAUAAGCAGUUAGUGGAAACAGCAACAAAAUUGAAAAAAAAAUUCAAAUUCAACUGCUUAAUUCUAAGAAGUAUGACAUACCCUUCAAACUGUUCAUAGGGUUUGGACAAAAAAAACAACAAGUUUUCUGCGUUCAAAGAAGCAUUUGCAAUCAGACUCAGUAAUAAUCUUGCCAUAUCCACAUACAAUUCUGUUCCAGCAAAACCAAGCCAUGCCUCAAAAAGCUUCUAAAUCUUCUAAGGUCAAGGCCAACUCUACAACAACUACAGCUGUUGCUUCACCAGCAACCAAUGUGGCGACUAAUUCUACUUCCUCGAGUGGAGGUGACUCUCAGUCAACUGCUAAUGUAGAUGUGCCCACUAAGUUUUCUGCUGAUGGUGGUCAAGCUCAGGUAAUUCUUGAGAUCAGUUCUCUAUUUUUAUUUGUACUACUGGUUAUAGCCUGCCAAACAAUGACGGUGACAUUGCGUGAACUACCCAUCUCUGACAGUUACUUGACAAAAACAUUCAUUCGUAAUCACACACCCACCCCAACCCUAACGCUCUUGUCUUUAUUUUUUAAGAAUCCCAUUAGCCCAGUUAAAGUGAAUUUUUUUUGGCACUCUAUUGAACUCACCAUACAUUCUUUCAUACCUAGAGAAUAAUAUGAAUUGACAUAACACCCCAUUGUUAUAAAUGUAUUACAAUUUUAGAACACAUGUGCCAAUAAUGUUGUAACAAAGCUUUAAGAUUCUUUUCAGGUUUAUAAGUUAAUACAGUUAUUUUGCCUUGUAAAAAUGCUAAUAAUGAAACCUAUUUUGUACAGGCUCAACUUCAAAGUGAUUCUGGGGGUGAUGAUUCCUCAAAAGAAAACAAAGAAAACUCAAUGAAUGGAGAUGAAUCCAACAAUGCUGUGAAAACAAAGAAAGGUAAAGUCUGCCUUUUAACGCCUUGCUGACAUUAGAGUGUGACUUUUUGUGUAGCCAACUUGCUUCUUAGUACAAUUUCAUCAUGUAUCGACUCCCGCAGUAUGUGCAUUUACUGAAGGGGCAGUUCAGGCUCUAUUGUUGUCAAAAGGAAAAGCACUAUUCUAGGGGCAGCGUUUCGCAAACUUUUAAGUUUGGAGGACCGGUGGACAAAUUUCCCCCUGCACCAUUGCCAGAGUUAAUAAUUAUUGUUCUUUUUAUUUGAUCUUAAAUUAUUUUAAAAUAUUUUUUUAUCCAUAUCAGCCAACUCUUAAUAACUUUUGCUAUAUGUUUGCUAUUAAUGUUGUUUUUUAUUUUUUGUUUUGUUUUUUAUUUUUGUGUUUGUUUAGGUUUUUUUUAAAAUAAAAAAUUCAACAGCAGCUUUAGACAUACUAUAACUUUAAUUUAAAAUAAUUGGGAAUGCAGCAAAAAAUAUUGGAGGAACAACAUUUAAGCUCGCAGUGACUAUUUAAUGAGAAAUGUGGGCAUGCUUUUUAUUGACAAGAAAACUAAGUCAUGGCUGGGUUGUAGACAGUGCUUUAUGCAGAUGACUAAUAUUCAUUCUGUCCCUUUCCUUUGUUUUAAUAAUGUUCUGUGGUGAAAAUUUAGUUUAACAUAGGUAAGUUGAAGAAAAUGGGAAGAAAUUUCACAACAAUUCCAGAAGGUUCAGGAUAUUCUGUUUUGACAUCAAUAAAAAAGAUGCUAAUAAUGUCAUCUUCAAUCCUUCAUCAGCAGCUAGAUCCAACAACUUAUCAUGCAUACUUGUGCCUUUUUAAGAUUUGAAGUUUUGAGCCUACGUAUUCAAAUCAGCCUUUGAACUAUAAAAAGAAUGUCGGAUCCAUCUAGAUCAAAUCUGUGGAAAGUAAAAUGGAAACGGUCAAUUAAUUUGGUCAAAUGAUCUGUUAUGAUGCAUCUUGUUAGUGUGUACCCUGGGUGCUAGUGUGUCGUGAAAAUAGGUGAUAAAAAUGUUUUGUAGCUGGAAAUUAUGGCACAUUGUUCCCCUUAGUCAUGUCGAUUCAGUCGCCUUGUUCAAUUUUUAUGUGUGUUAUAUGGCAUUCCAUUUUUUCCAACAAACUUUACUGCAGUUUGCCAGUUGAGCAUGAUCUUUUUAUGCCAAAAAAUGCUUAUUGAAUUGGUUUUGCCUUGUUUUGUGUGGUCUUUUGAUAGGUUUCAUAUUCCUUUAAAAUUUCUGGCAUCAUGAGGUUGCCCAGGUUUCACAGGAUUGUAUACAAUGCUGUGUAAUUAUAUGCAAAAGGCAAUCUCGAUUUUUAAAAAAAAAACGUAUAUGCGGAAACAAGACCCUAACAUGUACAUUAUCCUCCAGUUUCUUGACCAAUGUUUUGCGUGACUGGCAACGUUAGGCUCAUGAAGUGGUACUGGUUUGAGGACCACCUUUUUGGGGAACGCUGUUCUAGGGUAUACAUUCACACUUGAUGACAAGCACUAAAUUCUUUAUUUACACUUGAUAAGGGCAAGGUCACACUUGCUCUAUAAGAUCCUCGCUACACUGUCUUUACGACAACUGUCAUCUAACCAACUGCCACUGACAAACUAGCACUUCCACAGUUCACAAUAUGACAAUAACUAACUAUAAAACUGUCAACAUAACUUAACCAUACUAACUCACAACCUAUGUACAGGCAGUAUUUAAAACCUCACUUGUUUAUUGACCUUUCAUAACCCGACCAAUCUCAACUGGCCCACACAAAACUAUCACAACUCAUGAUCAACUAUUCCAUACACAACCCGACCAUGCUCACAAAGCCAGUUCAUAAAAAUUGUUAUAUUUUUUUAGGCACAAAACCAAAAUGGCAGCGGAUGGAAAUUGAUCAUCUUAAAUCUGAUCGUCGCAAUAGGAGAAGUCGGAGCCAAGGAAGACGGUUCUCUCCCAAUCGCCGUGAUGGUAAACGUGCUGGUGACCGUUUCCGUCCUGAAAGUCGCAGAUCUGAUGGUAAAAAUUUUGAAAACAAUCAUUUAUAGCUUUUAUCUUUUUUAAUCUUUUAUAAAAUGUUCUUUUGAUUUUCCCUAGCGUUGUUUAGACUAGUAUGGAUACAUUGCACUGAAGAGAAAUGAAAUUUGGAAGGAGUUUCAACCCAUGUUUUAUUUUUAAUUUUAAUGUUUACCUAGUGUAAAAAUGUAUUUCAGUUGGUCCAGAUUCCCAGAACUGGAGAGAAAACAUGUUGCCCCAAAACACCACUACAGCUACAACUACUACGAGUAGCACUGAACCUCCACGUAGUGGAAGCAGUGCAAGCGGGACUUUUGGGGGUGGACGAGGAGCUAGAGGCCGUGGUGGCAAUCGUGGAAAUAUUCGGGGUCGUGGUGGCAGAGGGAGAGGUGGUGUCAGAGAUACCAUGUCUCCACCAUUCCAAAGUGAGUUAAGAUCAGUGUUCUGCUGCCUGACCAUUUGAACUAGCCCUAUGGAAUGUUUUAUCCUAACUUUUGUUUCUUAUUAUUUUUUUUAAUUAACCAGUUUUGUUUAAUAUGUCCUUGUAAUUUAUACCAUGUGCCUUGUAUGUAUAUAUUGGUUUCUUUUUUAAAAAAAUACCGAAUUGGAUUCCACUUUGGUAAAAGACAUACGAAUUUCACAAGGUCACCCUGCUACAUUCCUUUGUUCCAUGAAGUAAUAUAGGUGUUACCCUGGAGUCUCAAAUUCAUUUGAUAUCAGCCAUAAUCUCUUUUUACAAUGGUUGUUACAAAAUUUGAAGUUAGGUAAAAUUGGCUACAGAGUAGUAAUUGGUAUUGUAUGUGCUUUAUGCUUUCUCUCCUAUUUAGCUACUCCUAACAACUGGAACCCUGAUCAGGCCUUUCCCACAAUCCCAACAGACCCUGAAACUAUUCAAGGUUCUUUUUAUUUACUUGUCUUUCAUAUAUAUUCCAAUGUUCUUUUUUUUUAUAUUCUCAUGCACUUGGUGAAAGGAGCUCUUUUUACUGAUCUUUUCUUUUUUUAACCUUGAUGAUUAGGCCCAAUAUUCCUUAAUGUUUUAUGUAUAUAUAUACACACACACACACAUAUAUAUAUAUAUAUAUAUAUAUAUAUAUAUAUAUAUAUAUAUAUAUAUAUAUAUAAUCUACUACUUGUUAUAAAAAUUUUGAUAAUUUGAUCCUACUUCAAAAUCAUUUAGUACUUAAGGAUAACAAAAUCCUGGAAUGUGUUAAAUUUAUGAGUAAUGAAUUUAAUAAAUGAUAAUGGUCUUAACCACCUUAAUGUGUAACAUUUUACUCCUUUUUUUCUCCCCAUGGUUAUUGGGCUUACUUAGUCUUGGGUCUCAUUUGCUUUGUAUUAAAAUUCUUUGGAAAACUAGUGGUUUAUUUUCUUUCUGGUUCUUAUUUUGUUUUCUAGCAUUGUUUCUAUAGGCAUUUGUUCUUUUCUUCUAAAGCAGCUCCCUGGAGUGCAGGCUUUAAUCAGGUUCAAACAAUACCUCGCGUACCUCCUAUAAAUCCAGCAGGUUAAUAUAUAUUUUUUUUUCUAAGUGUUAAAUUUUGUGGUUUAUCUUUAAAGAAUGGAUACAUUUCUACCAAGUCCUGUUAAGGCUACUAUAAUACAAUGCCACUACUACUAGUCUUGUUUAAUACUUGUUAAUUAUCUGCAAGUUAAUACUUAACUUCAAUGCAAGAGACAGUGUCACUUGUAUAAAUAAUCAGCACAUGUUAUGUGUGCAUAAUUUUACACCCAAAUAUUGAAAACAUUUAUUUGUUUUAAAAAAAGAGAACUUAUUUUUUAACUAAAAAAGAUUUAAAAAAGAAACAAAAUAACUCUUUAACAGGACUUUGAGUAACAAGCACAGCUUUUUUUAUAGUUUAUAUCAGCUUUCUGGAACUGAGUGUAGAUAUGCUUCUUUUUAUCUUUUCAAUUUAAUAAUUAACUCUUUCCUGUUGUAUGCAAAGUUAACUUACAAAAGGUAGCAUAUUUUUAAAAAAAUCUCAUUUAGGGGUUUGUGUUACAAUGGAUAUGUAUUUGCUAAGGGUCAACUGAUGUGCUGACCAUGAAAAUGAAACAGAACUGGGUCGAGGUUGAAUUAAGACAUUUUUUUUAUUUGCAUAUUUUUUAAACAAAAGUUUUUGGUACAUUUUUGAAAGUGCCAUGAAUUAAUAAAUAAUAAAGUAAAGUUACUAGCGAUUAUUGUGAACAAUAUCACGACACUUCCUGCUAACAAUUUAUAUUUCCUUUCAUGUAGCAACAGUAAUAUUUAGUCCACCAUUUACCUUUGUAUGUUUCCAUUUGUAUUAUGUAAUUUUUUUGUUAAGUUCCACUAGUGGUUCCUCAACUUUUUGCUUCUCAGCACACUUGCAGAAUUUAGGUUUUCCCCGGGCUGUUUAUGUCAAAUUCUAACUACACUUCAAAAUAGUAAAUACAUUUUUUUCAGAUUUGACACUUGUGUUUACAUAAAAUAAGGGUGGCCCCUUUCUGAAUCUAUACAUGCAGUUUCCAGUUUUCCCCAUUGAGUGGAACACAUUUCUCGUUUUCUAUGAAAAAUUCCUGACUUCUAACACCUGGAUCCACUGGAAUAGUCUCAAAAUACCCAGCCCUAGUACAAGGAAUGUUUAUGAUUUAAAUGUACACUCAUGAUUCCAUAAUACAAUCUUGGUUUCAAAUCCAACCAGCACUGUUUCAUCCCAUCACCUGUAGGAUAAGACAAAAUAGAAUAUAUAUGUUUCAUGUACAAGGAUCUAAAACUAGUUACAAAUUAUCAUAUUUGAAUUCUAGGGUAACUUAAGAAAAAGACAUCUAAAAAAAAAUUUUAACAUUUCAUUAUGAAUCACUUCUAAUUCACAUUAAUUAAAUUUCCUCUAAACCGGGGUCAGUAACCUUCUUUGAGUGAUGAGCCAAUAAUUUUUUUUUUUAUCUGCUACAACAUUUAUUGGGAGUUUCAGGCAGGGGCUGAUUGUUUAAAUCUCAUUUUAGAUUAGUUUUGUCUAUGAUGCAUCCAUUCCUUCAAAGGGCCGACAUUUGAAAUUAUCCUAUCAGUUUAUUCCUGUUCUAAACCGGGGUCAGUAACCUUCUUUGAGUGAUGAGCCAUUAAUUUUUUUUUUUAUCUGCUAAAACAUUUAUUGGGAGUUUCAGGCAGGGGCUGAUUGUUUAAAUCUCAUUUUAGAUUAGUUCUGUCUAUGAUGCAUCCAUUCCUUCAAAGGGCCGACAUUUGAAAUUAUCCUAUCAGUUUAUUCCUGUUCUUUAACUACGCUGAAUAUAGUUACUAGAAAAAAAUUUUUAAAAUUCAUCACAGCAUUUUAAGCGUUCAUUUCCAGACAUUUCGUUUGCUAAGAGUGGACUGCAUAAUUUAAAUUGUUCUACCAACUGACUUAAACUAUGUAUUGACAUGCUGUCUCCAUCCACAUUCUUUGACUGCACUUUAUAUAGAUAUAGCCUAUAUUGUUUGUAUGGUGAUAUGCUCUGUAAAUAAAAAUGCUUUUCAAUUAUCCAGUAUCCGCGCGGUUAUUGUUGUCAAUGAACUUUAGGGUCAUGGAGAUGUUCCAUUUUCUCGUUAUGCAUGAGAAGAGUUGUUUGCAUGAGAAAAUUUUAAUUUUUUAAAUUUUUACUUAUUUAAUGACAACAAUUUACUUUCUCUUCGUUGAAAUGAGGUAAUGAUUUAUUGGCGUCUUUUUUUUCUCAUGCACAUGAUGUACUUUUUAAUGAAAGAAUAAAGUUAAUGUUGUUUGUUAUAGUUAAAAUACUGCUAAUAUGUUGGCUAUCCUAAUCUAAGGAUCUGUGUAUUUGCCUGCUUAUGGUAUGUACUGUUGAGCUUUAAGUGAUCCCCUCAUUAAUCAUUUGUGUUUCAAAUAAGUUAUAACAUGUUUUAUUUUUUUUUUAAAUUUGUCAGUGAUCUUAUUUGCAAUAAGUUAUAUAUCAUGUGUGUUUCCUAACAGAUCAACUAAUCAUUUUUAUUCCAAGUUGUGGACAAAAGUUCAUCUUUACAAAAUAAAAUACAAGUUACCUCAUUAUAUAUAACAUGUAGCUUCAGGCAAAGAAUAAAUAAGAUUAAAUGUCCUGCAAUGCUUUAAGGCUGAUUAACUGGCAAAGUGUCAUCAAUGUUGAGCUUUGUUACAACCAAUCUAUUUUUAAUGUAUAACAAUUAACAUUCAACAAGUACAGUGAAAAAUAUUCUGGAAUUAAUUAGUACACUUUGAGACAAAAUUUAACAUAGUAUAAUUCGAAAGAGAAAAAAAAUUGGGAUUGUAUUUUUUUAUUGGGGGGGGGGGGGGGGNNNNCAUUAAAUGCUUUUCCUUCUUUGAACAAAACAGUUAUUAAGUGUAGUCUUCUUUUUCAUUGCUUUUUGCAUUGUUCUAUUUUGCAUGGUCAAUAGAAUAGUAGUUUAAAUUGCAGAUCUUGUUUUUGUUCUGUUAUAAUAAUAUAGAUCACCAUUGCUGAACGUCUUAUUGAACCAGUAUAUAAAAGCUUUUCAAAAUGUGAAAUUAGCUUAAUUGAUGAAUUAUUGGUUUGUCGUGACCUAUUCCGAAGUUGUUUUAUCUCUUCUGGUUUAUUUUGUUUAAACUUUUUUCUGGCUAUAUUAAUUUCUAAGUAGUAAAAAAUAUGUAGUGAGAAAAUAUCAAUUAUUAAAUGUAAAUUUCAAUGUCAUUUUAAACUUAUUAAAAGAUGAACAGGUUUUAAAAAAUAGUUGGAACAAUCUGAAGUUUGAUAAUAAAAAUGGGGCAGCUGGAAUUCAGUUUUUUGGAAGCUUAUAUCCCCUGAGUUUUGGAGUUCAUUAUGGUAAUUUUUAAAGCUGGACUUGUGAGAAGAAAGCGUUGUUCAGAUCUAGAAGUAAAUUCUGUAAAUAGAUUCUUAAAUAUCUAAUUAUUAAACUAUAAGCCUCAACUACAAGAGAGAUGUGCAUAACAUUGAAGCACUUUUACUCUUUAAUGACAGAUAUGUUUCAUGGUUUGCUGGGACAGAUUUUAAGUGAUGUCAUUAAUUUAUCCACAAGUGAGCUUUUAUUUUCAACGUUGGCCGUAGCUUGUUGGGCUUGUUAAUUUUGAAGUUUUUCUGUUAAUGAUCUGAUAGCUUAGCCUUUUCAAAAUUGUCUAGAGGUAUGUUAUGAGGUAGAAUGUAUUAAAAUGUACAUAGAUUUUUGUGUAUUCAUUAACAGGACAUUAACUGUGUUUACCAUAUGGCUUUUUAAAAACUUGUCUACCUUUCUUGUAAAUAGCUUGUCUUUCACCUGCUACAAGUGAUUUUUGAUUAAUUAUGAGAAUCAUCUUAAUAUUUGUGUAAUGGCUUUUUAAAAAAGAUUUCACAGUUGAAAUAAUUGAAUUUAUUCUUUAUUUUUGGCAUUCCAUUUUUUUUUGGUUGGGUCACGAUUAAUCCAUUAAUUUUUAAAUAUUCUUUUUCGUUGAAAUAUUAAUACUCUGCUUUGUUAUUCUUUCUUUUAAAAAAAAACAAACUAUAAAGUGCUUGGAAGAAAAGAGUUUCAUUUCGCAGAUGCCAAAUUUCUCCAUUAAUAUCUUUAGAGGCAUAGUUAUUGUUUUUAGACUAUAAGAUGAUUAAGGGAUAUUUAAUUAAAGAAAGUAUUUUCUCUCAGAGGACAUAUGCUUUAACAAUGACCUAAAUUUCACUAAAGAAUAAUAUAUUUUUCUGACCACAUUCAAAUAAUAUUUAUGAAUUUUUUUAUUAUAAAGAUUUUGAAUUGAAACAUAAAUGUAGCAUUAUUUUAUGGACAUAUUAACCUCCUUUUUUAAACAUACAAUAUUUCUAUUCCCCUAAUAGUGAUGCUUGGGAUGGAUCCCAAUUUGUAUCUUCAAGAUGCCCUGCUCAAUAUUUUAGGACAAGCAUCCUUGUUUUAUGAGCAGCCACAGAAUACAUAUCCCCCAGAGACACUGAAACAUCAAGUGUGAGUUUACUUUUUUUACAUCUACUUACAAAUGACUAUUUCAGUUGCUAAAUGAAUUUUUUAAAAUAUUCAUAUCAGAGUAAAUUAAAAAUAAAACAUGUCUAACAUUUGAACAGCAAAAUGUUUUAGUGUACAGUUCCUGCGGUUUAAAAAGGAUUUUUAUAGUAAAUUGGUAUCAAGCACCUUGUAGCCAAAAUAGUUUGUACUGACAUCUACCAAUCUACUUAAUUCAAUUGCAAAUAAUGUAUAUUACAAUACAUUUUUACAGCUUUUGAAUUAUCAGUUUCAUAUGCUUGAUUUAUCUUUAUUUAUAAGUAAAAAUUUUGUAAUCCUUUUUUGUUUGUUUUGCACCUUAAGUUUGGCAAUAGCUUAAAUAUUUUUAAUAAUUUCCAGAGAGUAUUAUUUUAGUGAAGACAACCUAGUAAAGGAUCUAUUCCUGAGAAAGAAAAUGGAUGCUGAAGGUUGGGUAAAGUUGGAACUUGUCCUUAGUUUUAACAAAGUAAAAGAGCUCAAAGCUGACUACAAAAGUCUGAUUCAGGUUUGUUAGUUAUAUUUGUUUUUUCCAAUUAAUAUGUUAAUGAAAGUAAAAUAAAAUGAUAGUCCCAACUUUUUUAGACCCAAAAUUGUUGUGAAUGACUGAGACAUAAAAAUUAAAUUCUUAUUCAGGAGUUUUAGGCAAUGGAAAGUAUUGGAUUUUUCAAUACAUCAUUUCCUUUAUUUUAAAUAGAUUUGAUAUUUUAUCCAUAUUCUUUUAUUGGCUACUAUCUUUUAUUUCAUAAACUGAAUGAUUAUUUAGGUUAUCAAAACCUCUGACAAGCUGGAGCUUUCUGAGAAUGAAGAUUAUGUAAGAACCACCAUCUCUCCAGAGAUGUGGCCCAUAAAAGAUGAUCUUAAAGGACUUCCACCCCCACCAGCCGUCCAACGGGUAGCCGCCAUGUCAACAUUACAUUCAGAUGCCCCAGAGUUUGUGCCAGGCAAACCAUUUGUGCUGAGGAGUCUAACAAGUGAUGCACCUGAAUUUAUACCAGCUUCUCAGCGAGGUAUGUUGUAUACACAAUCUGGGAGUUUUGUGUUCUUGUCCAGGUUUUGCUAUAAAUUAAUUUGGAAAUUUGUUAACAUCACAGUAUGUAUUUAUAAGUUUUGUCCUUUUAUUAAGAUUUGUCUAAACAAAUACUUUUCAUACUGACUGAAACAAAAAUGUUUUUUCUUAGACCGAAAUGAUCCAUGCUCUGGUGGAAUGCGCUGGUCUCAAGCUGAUGAAGAUGAAGAUAACUUUCUUUGUGAUGCCACUAGCAAUCUUACCACAAUCCCUCCCAUGCUUUCUUCCAGGUAUAUCAAUCACAUUAGGAAUUUAUAAUUAUCAAUUAAUCCAUAAAGUUAAAAUAAUAUUUUUUAAAAUUAGUUCAAAUUCUUUCAGAGCUGCCGUUCUUGGAAUAGUGAUAAAGUGACCAUUACUUAUAUUGAUAUUUGACAAACAUAUUCAUUUUAUUUGAAGUUUUAUAAAUACUUAAUUGAUGCUUUUCAGUGCACCACAAUUGUCAAUAGAUGAAUGGCAGACAGUACAGCAUAAAGUUAAGAAGAAAGAAAAGAAGACGCAGGAUAAAGUAGAGAAACCAAAGGUUUAUAAAAUGUUUAAACUUUAUAUGUCAAUUGAUUGCUUUGUCAAACUGCUUUUGGGUUUUAGACCAUUUAACAGUUUUUACAAAGCCUUCAAAGCUGUUUCAUACUGCAUGGUCAGAUGCAAAUAAGGAUUUUUUUAAUUAGAUUAAAUUACAUUAUUUCAGCCCUUUUCCCAAAACAUUUCUAGUCCUUAAAAUAUCUAUAAAUAAUAUUAAAAGUAAUUUGAUAAUUGUUAAGUAAACAUCAGCCGGUUUUAAACCGAUUAUCGGAUAUCUGAUUUACAUUUGAUCCAUAAAGUAAGCUGCUAAUAACUGACAUGUUGUUGAAUAAUUUUUAAAAUUAAUUUGGUGAAUCUUCUGUAAAAAAAAAAAAAAAAAGUUGAAUUGAUGUUUCACAUUAUCUCCUACAGGAUGAAGAAAAGGCAAAAGUUGAAGAUGAUCGUGAAGAACUAGAUUUUAUGUUUGAUGUCGAUUAUCGGAUAUCUGAUUUACAUUUGAUCAAUAAAGUAAGCUGCUAAUAACUGACAUGUUGUUGAAUAAUUUUUAAAAUUAAUUUGGUGAAUCUUCUGUAAAAAAAAAAAAAAAGUUGAAUUGAUGUUUCACAUUAUCUCCUACAGGAUGAAGAAAAGGCAAAAGUUGAAGAUGAUCGUGAAGAACUAGAUUUUAUGUUUGAUGAGGAACUAGACAAUCUUAAUGUAGGAAGAGUCAACAAUUUCACAGACUGGUAAGUUGAAACUAUAUUUAAAGUGUUUCCCCACCUUCUUACUUGCAAAAUUUUCAAGUCGGCAACUGUAAUAACCUGGAUAAGAGUGCUUAAUAUGUUUAUUCAAGCUUAUAUUUAAUUAAUUCAAAAUGUGUGUAUUGCAGGUCAGAUGACUCGGCUGAUGAAAUAGAUGACAAUGACAUUGAUAAAAUUUUGAUUGUGAUGCAGACUCCUCCAGCUUUGCGUAAGCAUCCUGGUGGAGAUAGGACUGGGGACUAUACAAAACGGUCAAAAAUUACAGCUGAAUUGAGUAAGGUCAUCAAUGAUGGCUUGUAUUAUUAUGAGAAAGAUUUAUGGGACACAGAGUUUAUGGUAAGAAUAAAUUUAAUUUUUGUAUUUGUUUUAAUAUUUAUACAUUUUAUUUUUAAAUAUUUUUUUACAUAUAUCUAAGAGUACCUGUUAUUAGUAUCAUUGAUUCCUGUUGUGUUAUUUAUGUAGCUAUCUAGUAUUUGUAUUCUUCUGGAAUUUUAGGUUAUUCUGUUCAUGACUUACAUUUACAAUAAGUCUAUUUUAAUUAUAAAAUCUUUUUCAUUACCAGAAUGAAUUUGACUUCAAGACUGUAAAUGUGAUAAGCAAAGAGGAAUUUGACAAAAUUACUCCUAAACUAUCUUUAGAAGUUGAAGAAGAACAGGAAAUACCUCCUCCACCACCUCCACCCUCAAAUGGUAAAAAGUAGUUACUCAUAAAUCAUUUUCACAUUUUUCAAAAUGUAUUUUUAUAUGUAGAAAAGUAAGGUCAUUUUUACAAAAGUUUUGUUGUUUUAAUUAGCAAGUCAGACAGAAAGCAGAAAAGUGCCAACGCCACCAUCAUCCCAGACUGGUCAUGUUGAUGUUGCCAGGUCUUUACCAGCAUGGGUCCCAGAUACACCAGGAAGAAGGGAGCAAGGCCCUCGAACCCCAAGACAUGAUAGCAAGGAGCCACGGUUUUAUCCAGUAAUUAAAGAUCCAGGAGCACCCAGAGAUCCACAGGCAAUGAUUAAUAUUCUUUUUAUAUAGAACUUUUUUCUAAACACAUAAAAUCUAUGCUACAAAACAUGCUAAGAAAGAACCUAAGCAAAACUAUAAAAAUCAUGGUGCAAUUAAUUAAGAGUAAAACAGAUUACUUGCAAGACUUAAAUAUUGUCCUCCAGCAGCCAAUAAUAUCCAAAGCUUCAUCCAAAUUAAAGAAAGUGUGAAAGUGAGCUCAGAUUUCAACAUUUUUGAAAGGGUUUGAUUUUAUUUUGCCGUAUGCUAUUUAUUAUUACAUAUUUAUACACUUUAUAAUUUGCUUUACCCAUUCAAACCGGAAACGACCAAAUCUGGCCACUCAACUUUGCCAUAUAAAAAAACAGAAAUUUUAUCAUUCAAAUGAGUCUCCAAGAUAAAAAAACCAAGGGUAAUUGCUUCCAAAUAUUUUAUUUUAGUGUCAGAGCAAGGAGUAUACAUUAUUUAAAUAGCAUUUAUUUUUAAGAUAAGAUCAUGAGUAGAGGUGUACUUCAUUGUUAACAUUUAGUAAGUUACUCAACAAAAGCAUUGGGACAUAAUGUAAUACUGCAACACAUAAAGCAACCAAUUAUGGAUGCGAAUCAAUUUAUUUUAUAUAAAUAAAUUACACAAAUUCUUUUAAAUUCAGUUAAAUACCUAUAUUUAUGGUAAAUAUGGAGUUGGUCCCCUUUCGCAGAGGUUUUGAUGCUGAGUGUCCAGAAAUGAGUUAUGAGUCUCUAUAAGUUAUGAGUUUAAAAAAAAUAGUGAGAAGAAGAAAAUAUUUUUAUAUUUCCUCCUACAAUUGGAUAAUGGUGUAUAACAACUGUCAACUUUUUUUAAAGACACCAAGAAAGAAAAAGACUAGACACAGUAGCAAUCCUCCCAUUGAGUCUCAUGUCGGUUGGGUUAUGGACAGAAAAGAACACAAAGUUCGUUCUAGACAUAACUCUUCUUCAUUGUCAAUGCGCUCAGCCAGGUAAGACAUGUUUUGAAUGAUUUCUAAUCACAAAAUUUUAUUAAAUGUUGAUAAUUUUAUAUUUAUUUUUCAUGGGGAAACUUUAAAAUCCACUACAUUUUGACAAAAAAUUUAAUAUUUUGUACUAUUAGCUAAAAACAAUUCACCAUGAAACAGAUUUAUAAUAUAUGUAUUUGGUAUACAGGACUUUAGGAUUAGUUCCCAAAUUGCAUUUUCUGUGUUAAAACGUGUGACUUAUUUUUAUCACUUCUCUAUUUUUUCUCUCAGUCCAUCAGAAAGCCAGCUUGCCUCAAGCUAUGGUUGUACCCCUGUUUCAAUGCCUCACUUUGAACAUCCUUCACACGAGCUUCUGAAAGAAAAUGGCUUUGUUUGGCAUGUUUAUAAUAAAUUUCAUUCCAAGUGCCUUAAAGGUAAUUUUACUUCAUCUUCUAAACCCAUACAGUCCAAGCCUAUUCAGCCUUUUCUACGCCCAGUGCUGAAGCAAAGGGACAUAACUCCAUUUUUAAAUGAAGGUUCUUUAUCUAAUUAAUUUACAGAAAAUAAACUGAUAAAUCAUUUAUUUGUAUUUAGGCAUUUUAAUUUUAUUUUCUUGCUAAGCAAAAGUUGCAUCUAAAAACAGUUUCAGGGACCCUCCCACUUCAAUUUGUGAAAAAUUCCCAGACCGCUCAUGAUCUUGCUGAUCAGUUGAAGUGUAAUUGAUAAGUCCGUUGUCAUCGAUGUCUCUACUAUUACUAUUAUCGUCUUCACUUGAUCACUAUCACUAGUAGCGUCAUUUAAAUCAAUGUCUAUAUCAGAUUCUUCACUAUCGCUGCUAGAUUCAUGAAAUAGUGAAGCUUCAUUAGGCCUUAGUUCUUUCAAAAUUUUAUCCAAGGCUCGGAAAGCCAUUUUACAGAGAAAAAAUCACAACUUUUAAAAAAAAUCGCUGAAAAUGAGCCCUUAAACACGCAGCGUUCAAACUAGUAUCAAAAUAAAUGCUGAAAACCAGGCUUUCUUCUGGUAGAACUAUAAACAGUGAUGUGCAAUGGAUUUCGGCUGUGCUAAGAACGAAAGUAAACAACCUCAAAACGGACGGGUUUGGCUACAAUGGACUAGGCUUAAGGAAAAGAUUGGCAAAUUUCGGGCACAUCGGACUGUAAAGGGUUAAAACAAAAACAAAGUCAGUGGAAAAUUUAGUUUAGAGACAGAAUAAAAAGUAAAGGUGGUGUUACAGAAAUCAUAUCAAACAAUGAUAUGUUUGCCCCUCUCACCUGCAACUUAUGUAUCGAACACUUGACAGUGAUUUAAAUUUAUUUAUCUGUAUUGUUUAAUUUAUGAGAAACCAUGCAAGAGUUUUGUUCUCCAGAGAUCAUACUUAUUUUGUAUGUUAUCUUGAUCUUUCAUUAUCAUUCAGAACGCAAACGCCUGGGGAUUGGACAGUCUCAGGAAAUGAAUUGCUUAUAUCGAUUCUGGUCCUUCUUCCUCCGUCAACAUUUCAACAGAAAGAUGUAUCAUGAAUUUCGCACCUUGGCUGUUGAAGAUGGCUCUAAAGGUCAUAGGUAAAAAAAAAAAUUAUUUGGUUAAAACAUAUGAACCCGCAAGGGAAAUUGGAAAUUAACUCACACAUCAGAUUUUGUUUGUAUAUUUAUUAGACAUAAAUUAUCAAAUUUAUGCCAUUUCUAUUUGAAUUCCAGAUAUGGUCUUGAGUGUCUUUUCCGCUACUUCAGUUAUGGAUUGGAGAAAAGAUUUAGACAAGAGGUUUUCAAAGAUUUUAUGGAGGAAACAAUGAAAGAUUAUAAAAAUGGUAAAUCAUUUUGAUUUCAAGAAACUUCAAAUUAAAGAAUAACACAAAGUAAAAUUAAUGGCAGUAACUGUGCAUCUUGAAUAUUUUUUAUAGAAUUAUUUUUUUUGUUCAAUGUACAAUUAAUGCUUCUUUUUUCAUAUUGUUUCCUUAUUUUAGGUCAACUAUAUGGACUUGAAAAGUUUUGGGCUUUCCUAAAGUACUCAAGACGUAGUGUAGAUGUUCAUCCAGAACUUCAAGCCAAACUGUCUCAAUACAAAAAGCUUUCUGAUUUCAGAGUAGAGGUGACUUUGACUCUCUUUUUUUUUUUUUUUUUUGAACUAACCUUAUAAAUUUCGCAAUUUAAUAGUAAUUUGUCUCUUUUUUAAGAAAUUGUAUUUUGUGAUCUUUGAAAUUUGUCUCUAUUUUUUUUUUUUUUUUUUUUUUAUAUUUUUUUUUUUUUUUUUUUUUUUCUUUUUUUUUUUUUUUUUCAGAAUAGAGGUGUCUUUGUCUUUUUUUUUUUUUUUUUUUUUGAACUAACCUGAUAAAUUUCGCAAUUUAAUAGUAAUUUGUCUCUUUUUUAAGAAAUUGUAUCUUGUGAUCUUUGAAAUCUGUCUCGAUUGUGGUGACUAAAUGUGUCUUUUGGGUUCCUGCCAAUUGCUUCCUAACUCAGCUCUCUUACUGUUAUUUCACAGUCGCAAUAAAAUAAACCUAACACACACCCUCCCGCCAGACCUCCGCCAUGCCAUGAAGCAUAUUAGAACAUUUUUAUCUUGUUUCAUUUUAACUUUGUACGUGUGCAAGUAUAGUUCAUCUUACAACUGUCUCGCGUUUUUUCAAAAUCAACUAAGCAAUUUAUUUUCUUACGUUUUUUUGUCAAUUUCUGAAUGCCUUUGUCUUUAGUUUGUGAUAACUAUUUAGUUUUUAGGACUUUGCAGUUGAUUCUCUUCGGUCAGGAAUGCAGAUUAAGUAUAAGUUAUCAUCCAUUGCUUAAUGAUAUGGCAUUAUCAGCUUUUGGAAUUUUUUUAAUGUUUUAUUUGCAAAGUUAAAAAAAAUAUAUUUUUUAAAUGCAUAUUUUUUUAUUUGCUGGUUGUAAUUUUAAAUCCUUUUUUUCGAUGGACAGGAUGAUGACCAAGCAUCUGCCAACAUAGACAGCAACCAUCCAUCUUUGAGAUCUACCCAGACAACCCUUCCACCAGUGAGACCUACCCAGACAACACUCCCGUCAGUGAGACCUGCCCAGACCACCCUUUCACCAGCAGCAGCUAUGGAAUUCUCUAUAAACAAAGGCAGCAACAAUAGCACAACCAAGAGCUAGUCACAAUAUUUCAACAGUUUGCCUGAAGACCAGCAUUCACCUAUUAAAACUGCCGUGGCCUACACAUUUUGUCCACACAGACUCCUGGCAAGAAUAUCCUUGUGAUGCCUAGAGUAAUGGUCAGUAGCUUAGGUAGGCUCAGUGCUGACUGUUUUAUGUAUUUAUGGACCCAAUGUUGAUGAUGAAAGUAUUAUGCAAACAUGUUCAUGUAAAUGUAUCAAGAAAUCUUGACAGCCAAGAUAGGCUGAAUGGCAAAAAUUAUGGUUUGUUUAAAAUUAUUGAAAUAAUGUUUCAGAACAACUUAACAGUUCAAGGAGUGUGACCGACUUUCUUUCAACAUUCACAGCCCAUUUAUAUCUUUUAUUUUAUGACAACUUUUGCUCUAAUAUAAUUUUUGUCAACCUUAACCUUGACUGUAGAAAUGUUAAAAACAUUUCAGUAUCAGUCUUAAAAGUCAAAAUUAAUAGCAAAACUAAAUUUUGAUUGUGUGUCCUUUUUAGACUCCCUUUGGUUCAAUUAAAAGAUAACAUGAUAUUACUUAACAUUAAAGGCUGUGAAUUAUGACAGUAAAGAGGUUAACAUGCUGUAAUUAACAAGUUUGCUUUGAACACUGAUUAUUGCCUACUUGUUAGCACCAGAUGCAAGUAAUGUGAAUGCUUGGUACUUUGGGUCUGCUUUGGUCAGUUAUGUGUCCAAGAGAAUCGACAAACAGUUAGCGAGCUAAAACAAUCAACAGCCUCAAUACUUUAGGAAAUACUUAAAAUCAUAUGUGAUAAAUGUGACAUGGGCUUGUUGAAGAAGUGAACUGCACUUUCAUGGCAAUGUGAUCUCCAUUUUUAAAGACAUUUUGUCCAUAUUAAUGAGGCCAAAGUCUGUUCUAGUUCGCAACUGGCAGUCUUGAUUGGAUAAUCCUUGUAAUAUUGUCACUUCUACAGCAAGUAUUUUACCUAUUUAAAAAUGAAGGAUUUUUGGUUUAAAAUCAAAUCACCAAUGAUUUUAGAAAAUAUCUGGACAUCAGAUUGAUCAAAUGAUCAUGUUUUAACUGUGUAACUGUGCCUUCACUCAGUAGACUACGUAAUUUUGAAAAAGGAAUUUAUUUUGACCAAAAAAAAAUUAAAUAGAAAUACCUAGGAGACAUUAAAAAAAAUGAAAUGCUGUGCUCAUUUUAAAGGGUUAAUUUGCUGUUUAUUUUUAACCCUGAUCUACUGCACUAUAUAUUAAGCAUUUAUUUGUGUGUUUACUGAUAUAGACAAUUAUAGCAAUGUAAUAGGUGAGACAUUACCACAUAAGUAGCAAUGUUUAUACAAGCGAUGUGUGUAAAUAAUGUAUUUUCUUCCAUUCGGAUAUUGAAUUCAUUGGUUAUAGGAUUCUUUUUAUUUUGAGUUUUCAUUUUAUGCUACUUUUGAAUCCGUGUUUAUUUCAUUGUUAACAGUAGAUCCAAUGGAUGGGAAGGAUUUAAACCAUUGUCUUCAUGUUUCUGUAAUAAAAAAUAUCUUAUGUGAAUUUUUUAGAUAAUUUUUUAUCUAAAUCAGUCGGAAUAUUUUCUCUUAACAACUUGCAGUUCUCAUGCAGCUUUGAAAAACUAUGUCUCUUCAAGAUCACAGUUAGUUUUUUUUAAAGUGCUCUCUAAUUAGUAUUGAUAAGAAGAAAUUAUUUUUCUCACAUUUAAUACCGGUAGCGCUAAAAUUUUCUGUGAGAUAAUAAAAUAUCUACAAAAGACAGAAGUAUAUGUACAUUUUAUUUGGUCUGAGAUUGUUAAGUAGCACUUGUUCAUUAAACCAAAAUCAUGGCUAUUUUACACAUGGGUGAUUUCACGUUUAAUAGCUGGUUGUGGUAAUUUUUGUUUCUUGUUAUUACUGGUAAAGAAUCAGAAAAAUGGAAUGUGUCAAUGUAAAAGUAAUUCUUACGUAAUUCUGGCCUUUUAAGAAAGCAGAGUCACAAGAGUCUGGAGGCUAAAACUAUGGUUAAAAUUGUAUCUAAAUUUGGAAUAAAUGGAUUUAACAAAAUUAGCUGUUUCCUAUAUCAUUUUGUAAAUAAAAUCACUAAUUUUGAUACUUUUGUCUCUUCCCUGUUCAGUGAAACAAAAAAUACCUUUGACAGUUUCUUGUUCAAUAAACGUUUAAAUUCUGUUAUUACACUUAGUGAAAUUUUGAAUAUUUAGAAAUAUGCUAUAUGUUUGCGUAGGAUAGGAAACUGUUGACAAAAAACAGCGUUUACAAAUUGAGGUUUGGCUCAAAUUGAAGUUAAAUACAUUUUUUUAAAAACUAUUAAAAAAAAUUCAUGUCUGGCAUUAAACUCAAAAACCAUGUUGAUAAUCCAAACACUGUUAGAAAUGUAAAUAUAUUAUUGUAAAUAUUAUAUAUUAUCAUUAAUUGAUUAAUUCAUUUUAAUUUUACUGUAGAGACUUUACAUAAAUCAUGUUGUCUCCUAAGACCACAAGGAUAUGUCAUUGUUGUGAUUUCCCCCCUUUUCCUUUAAAGACUCAUUGGAUAUAUUUUAUUUUUUUCAUUUCAGACUCCCUGUUUGAAUUUUUCAUUACUUGUUUGCCAAACCAUAUUAGCCAAUUUAAGAUUGUUAAAUUUUCAUGUUCUAAUUUGUGAGUUUCUGUGAACAUUUUCCUUUUACUCAAAAAUAUCAGAAUAAGCCAGAUUUAUUUAAACUGGGAAUAUUAAACCAGCUUUUGUAUUUGUUUCCUUAAGCAUAGAGCAUUGAUAAGACCCUAAAUACUAGCAUUAUGUAUAGACUUUGUACUCUAAAAGGUAAUAUUGCCUAAGUGGCAGGAUGUUUUAUUUUAUACAGUGAUGAAAAACAGUUUGAGAAAAGUUUGUAUUCCCUAAUAUUGUGUUCUCCAAGUUCUUGAAGCACUUGCUUAUCCUGAGCUGAACAAAGUAUCAUUUUCUAAUAAUUUAGUGUUGAGGCCACUUUUUAAAUUAUCUGGCUACUUAAACAUGUGAGGCAAAAAAAAAAAAAGUGUUUGGAUUUUGCAUAUAAGUAAAAUUCAAAAUAUGAUUAUUUUGAUUAUGAAUUUUCCAAAAUCCACUCUCAUCCCAUUCUCUCUCCCCACCACUUUCUGUAAUUUUUUUUCUAGAAAUUAAAAUGGUAGAGAGUAAUUUUUAAAAAUUAACUUUAUUUUAAAGUUGUUGUUUUUUAACAAAUAGGAAAAAAUGCAUAAUGUAAUUAUAUACCACUACAUAAUUGUUGCCUUUGGGUGUGGAUUUAUUUCUUAUUAAGAUGUGGACAUGAAAAAUGUUUUGAGUGACUAUGUCUUUAGUAUUUUAAUGUUAGUAACAUGUUAGUGUGUGGAUUGUUGGCAUCAGUGUUAAUUUCUAACUAAUGGUGUCUAGUCGUUUUCUUUUAAACAUCUUUUUUUUAAUAAAAAAAAUUGUUUGGAAAGGUAAUUGUCCUAAUCUUUUUUUGUCAGUGGAUAGCUCCAAAACAUUAGUUGCAUCAAACAUUUUUUUUACCCUAAAAAAAAAAACAAAAAAAACUGAACAAUUUAAAGUGUUCACUUUCUUUAUUAUAAAUUCCACAUAGUACAUUGGUAAUUUUGAAUUGAAUACUUGUAAGUUAUUAUGUUUAAUAAGUUUAAUCGGAAUUCUGUUAUGAUGUCCAAUUCUUUUUUUCCUACUUUUAAAAAUUAAAAUCCACCCAAAAAAAAUGUACAGUUCAAACACAUUUGUGUUCAUCUUAUUGUCUUCAUAAUAGCCUUGGUUCAUGUUUGUUAACUGCACUAGCAGUUUGAAGUAGUGCUAAUGCAAUCCCUUACUGUCCCACUCCCCC